CUCCUCAGCAAACGUUUGAGCUGUUCAACUGUGGGAUGCCGUACCUGUCCUUCAAAUUCACCGUCCGCGGGAGGGUGCAGGGAGUCUACUUCCGCGCAUUCUCAAAGGGCGUGGCCCAUGAUGUUGGCGUCGUAGGUUGGGUAGCAAAUGACACCAACGGCCAGGUAGUAGGAGAGGCUCAAGGCGGCGAAUCUGCCAUAGAUAGAUUCAAGAGAGCGCUAUACACCGGUCCUCCAUACGCUCGUGUUGACGCUGUAGAUAUAGCAGACGAAAGAGUCAUAGACGAACUCGAGUACAAUGCCUUUGAGUCUUCGAAAAUGGCACGAAAACCGCAAUUGUCAAUAUAUGACUACCUCCAUCGGGGCGUGGUCUAUUCAUUGCUGGGCCUCACCAUCUGGGGCGUCGUUACAAUGGGUCUCGUUCACCGGAACACGAUGCAGAAGGGAAAAGAGGCUUUGGCGCUGAAGGAAGCGAGCGUUCAGCAAGAGCAAGAGCAGGAGGAUGAGGAGAACGAGAUAGCUCUUGCCCAGGCGGCGCAGUCGGUGCUUACGCGGGGAAGCAAGUCGUAAUGAGCUGGAACUGCUCCUGGCAGCCGGAGCUCACCGCAUGUGCAUGGGAUUCAUUGCGUCUAGGCCGAGUCACGGCGACUGAGACUGCUUUCAUCUCUCGUGGCAGUUUCUCUUUCCACCGCUACAUCACCUGGCUACUUGACUGAUCUACUCGCGAUGUGUCUGACAUUCUGGACUGAGUUGGAACCUCCAUGGAUAGCCAGAUGUUGGUGGAGAGCAUACUCCAGUAUGCAGUCUCAAUGUGCGCUUAUUGAACGGAUCCACUGUCGCCGUUGUGAACCGGAGCCACAACAUCUUGCUAGAUAUGUUUGCGACUCGUCUGCGAUCCUGC